AUGUCUGAAGCCAAGACCAACCAAGGCCCUGGCCCCCUCGAGCCGGUCAAGCGAUAUCUUGUCAAGAGUAUUGCUAGUGGCAUAGGCUUAGCGUCAGAAGGUAUAACCUCGUACAAGGAGCGAAAGAGGCUGCGCAGAGCCGGUCCUUUUGUCGACGCGGCGCCUCCCUCAUACAUGCCUCCAUCUCCUGGAUCCUCGGACGAAGCAGCAACACCUCCUCUUUCCCACCACGAACUCAGUGACGACUACAAGGAUGAAAAACUAUGGAAGUUGGACGAGGCUCAAGAUGAGUUGAGUCCACCCCCUUACGCCGAACGCGCAACAACCCCCGACGGAAGCACCGAGGAAACGACGCCGGCCCAAUCCCUCCAAAGCAUAGAAGACUUCCUUGAAAGAUAUCCUGCCCCGGAGAACAGCACGGCAUUCACCAAAUCCAAGCUCCCCCAACCAGUCAUUCUUCCCCAAAAGAGACCCAAGACUCGAUCCCGUGGCUUCAUCAGAGCAUACGCCCCUUGUCUAGGACCAUGCGGAAUCCCGCAAGACAUGUUUCUCGACUUUAUAACCACGUUUGACAAGUCUACCCAGGCAUCCCCGUGGCUGGACGCAAUCAACCUCGCGUCCAUAGGACUCAGCUUCAUCCCCCACUUCCCCAUGCUCGUCGGCAUCGCCAUCCAGGUCUCCAUCAUGGCCGCCAAGGACGUCCAGAAUAGAACCAGGACCAACUCGUUCCUGGACAAGGCAAACGAGCAGGUCUUCACGCCCCGCGGCCUCUACUGCAUCAUCAUGACGUACAGCCCCGACCAAGACGACCGAGACGACGGCAACGGCCGCCGCCUGGCCGGAGGAGCAAACGUGCCGGCGGCGAUUGCCUCCACAGCGAGCAGCACGAGCCUGCAAAGGUUCCAGCACCGUUUCCGCGAAGCAAGCGGCCACACCUGCGAGGCCGAGCUGCCCCCGUCCGCGCCCCUCAUCUUCCCGUGCCUGGAGGAGGGCGUGUGCGGCCGAGAGCCGCAGGCGUCCGGGACCCCGGGGGAGAGGAUGAAGCGCGCGCAGAGGUACAUCACCGACUACUACGACAAGCGGGCACAGGCGCGGUUUGCGGGAAAGCACGGCGGGAGCGGGCUCGUCAAGGGGCCGGCGCCCAGCUUCACCUCCCGGUUCGCGGACCCGAACCACCCGGCGUGCAGCGGCUCGUUCCGGUCCCUCAUCACGGGCGGCUACAUCACGCCGCCGGACAUGGGGCGCGGCAGAGAAGAGCUAGACCGGCCGUCGAGCCCGGCCUACCUAGACCCAGGACAGGGACAGGCGGCCGGCUGGCAGCAGCCCCCGUGUCCGGCUGGUCGGCGAGACGCGGCCGCCACGGGCCGAGAUGUCCUUCGGCUCGGGCCAGUCGGGCUCCCUACGCCGGGGGCCCUCGUCAAAAAGGCUUUGAAAAAGAACAUCCUGUACAUGAUGAUUGUCAACAUGCCCUCGGAGCAAGAGCUCGCCCUCGCAGCGCAGCACCUCGAGCGGUGCCGCUCCAAGGGCAUCUCGAUAGCCAGCCUGGUCACUCACCUGCAAGGUCGUUGA